UUAUUUACAAGAAACUUAAAUAUUUGUUCUCGUUGACGUAGUGUUUAAUCGACUAACUAACUAAUUUAUAAUAGUGGUCCUAAGCAUUUCUAGUUUGUCUCUGGCGGCAUUGCGGCAAUGCCGAGCAAUAAGCGUAAACUCGGGGGGUGCACACUUAGACCAUUUUGUGUAAUGAUGUUUGAGUCAGGGAUAUCUAAAAAUGAUUAUGUAUCUUACUUCGGUUGUAUAGAGUAUAGUUUUGGUUGACAAAACUUUACGUUACAUCUAGUACCAACAUAAUAGUACUAAAAAUUUUGAAAGUAUGUUGGCUAUCAUAGCUGACAAUUGGUAGCUAUUAUUGUUGUUGGACUAAAUUUGUUAUUUUUUGACUUUUAUUGGCUAAUUCUUUAUAAUUGCGAUUAUGUUUAAAAUAACCAGAAUUUCCUGCCAAAUACGUUGAGCCAAGCCAGCUUCUCCGUUUCAUAUAUAUUUUUCUUUAAGGAAUUUGUAUCAUCUGUGUUUACGAAAUAGUGCUUUUUAUUAUUCCGAGAUAUGGACUCCAAUUGUGUUUUCAUUUGUGUAUUUUAUUUAUUUUGUGUGCCACAAUAGAGAAAAAAAAACUAAUCAAAAACGGCUCUUUCGAAAUCGAUAAAUUUGACUUGCAAUGAUUGUAAUCAUAGUAAUUGUUGAUCGUAUGAAAAAAUAUGAAACCUGUAAGAUAUCCUAUUGUUCAAUUUCUAUUUAAAAUUUGAAAUAAAUAACGGAAAAUUGGACAGUAAUUAAUUUUUGUGCAAGAGACCAAAACACUGUAUACAAUUUAACAUAAGACAUUCGCGUAACACUAUUGUGUAUUUUGUUAUUAAUAAAGGGAAUUAAUUAAAUUUGUGGACGUUUUACUUUUAGUAUUCCAAACAUAAUUUAUAUUUGUGUAAGAUUUAUGGUUAGCAAUUUUUAUCGGUCGAAUAAGGAACGUCCCUCGAGAGAAGCAGAUUUAUAGUAAGGUAGCCUUGCAUUAUUGUGUAUGCGUAACGUUGGUACACAAUAUUACCUAAACUGAUCAUGCAUGUUUGCAUGAGCUUAAAACUAAUAUAUUAAGUACCGCCUUUUCUUACGCAGUAUUAUAUAGAGUCAAAGACUAAUGUCUUUGACUCUAUGCAUGAACAGAUAUAAGCAAAGAGGCUGUUUGCUUUAGUAUUAUUCAUGUUCGUUUUACAAGCAAACAAAAGGUCCAACUUAAAACUUCUAUCAUUUUACAAAAAAUAGACCCAUUUUCCAAUUGCGUAAGAAUAUAAUUCACAUUUUGUUAAAAAUACUAUGCUUUUAGAGGACAUAAUAUAGGCGAAUAUAGGCAAAGACCAAUAAAAGCAAUUAUAAAUAUUAUAUCAAUCAUGAACAAAAUAUGCAGAAUAUGUUUAGAAGAAGGUGUGCUUUCUUCAGUUUUUACGAAGAAUUUCAGUGUGUCGCUUUGUGAUAUGAUAGAAUAUUGUUGUAACAUAAAGAUAAGUAAAGACGAUGGACUUCCAGAACAAAUGUGCAGUAGUUGUGUAUAUAAGCUGGGUGUAGCCUAUCAUUUUAAGCAAACAUGUGAGAGUGCAGACAUAAGACUGAGGCAAUACCUCGGACUUAGGAUUCCCAGCAAAACAAAUGAUGCUAUGGUCAUGACAGAUCCUAUAGCACCUACAUAUUCUACAAUAAUAAAGAAAUGUAAAUGUAAGCUGUCUGACCAAAAAAGGACAAGUUCAAAUUACAAAAAAAAAUCUGAGUCAGAAAAGCAAAAACGUGGUCCGAAACCAAAGCCUAAACAAAUUCACUCUUGUUAUCAAUGUAAUAAGCAGUUUAGGUGUCAAGCGCAACUAGAAAUGCAUGUUAGGACACACACUGGGGUGAAGCCAUUUGUGUGUAUGUACUGCCCUCGUCGUUUCACACAAAAGCACAAUCUUACCAUUCACCUUCGAGUCCACACAGGGGAAAAACCUUUUCAGUGUGAAGUUUGCAGUAAAAGAUUUUCAGCACAAGGAAAUCUACAAGCCCACCUCAAAAUUCAUACUGGGCAAAAAGAUCAUGAAUGUACUUUAUGCAACAAAUCAUUUAUAACAUCUAGUGAGUUAACUCGACAUUUAAGUAAACAUAGGGGUAUUAAAAAUUUUAAAUGUGAUUUGUGUGGAGCAGCCUAUAUACAUUCUAGAGAUCUUAAACUACAUAAACUAAAGAAACAUCAAAUAGACUCAAAAGCUUCCAAGAUGCAAACAGAAACUUUUAACAAUGGUAGCAAUAUAGACAUCAUAGGAAUUGAUGUUGGAAAGGAAAGUACUAUACCAAUGAAAGAUGUCAACCAUCUUUUACCUCAUCUUAUAGAAAAGCAACAAAAUAUACCACCAAUAACAGAUCAUAGCCAACCAAUAUUGUCAUAUGAACAAAAGAAAGAAAUAUAUAUGCAUUACCCAAAAGUCCAUGAGAAUCACAGUUGUGCUAUAUGUGGUGAAGGAUUUCUUUGUGUUAAUGCAUUGGCACAGCAUUAUCUCCAUCGACACAAAGGAUAUGAUAUUUUGCAAAAAAAUUACACUUUAACACAAUGAAUAUUGAAAGUGUAUCAACAUAUUGGUGGUAGAAAAACUUCAAAUUCCAGCAGAAAUUUUUUUGAAGUUAGAAUAUUUGUACUAGAACAAUAUAAUAAACUGUGUGGUAUU